CGCACAAGAUUCUACAGUCAAUCAACACCAUGGACGUCUCCCUCCACGACAUUGCCUACUUCCUCAAGGUAGCCGCGGGCGCUUUGUCCCUUGAUGGAUCCACCCUCUAUUACAUUGUCGAGGAGGAUGGUAAUCUGAUAGAAGACCACUGGACAGGAAGCGAAGUCAAGGACAAGGUUUUUAUCGCCUCGGAGGUGAAGAGUUCUCCAUCUGCUAAAUAUUUACUCAAUGAUGAUACUCGCCGCGUCUUCUUCCCAAAUGCAGAAAACCUCCUCCAAUGCGCCGAAUACGACGACAGCGAGGAAGCAUGGUCCGCGGUGUCUCUCCAAUCCGAACAUCCCCUACACAUGCACCCUACCAGCCCCCUAAGCGGCUGCUUCGACAACAACGGAGAUCAACUCAUUUUCUUCCAAGACCCCUCCGGCCAACUCCAGGGAAUCCGCAUCGAACGAGAUGGCGAAUGCACACCUGUUCCUCCCCUCCCGGAAUUCCAGCAGUCAAAGCUAGUUCACACAGCAUAUGAAGCCGACAGUGGAGCGAUCCAUCUCCUGUAUAUCGGGAGUGGUAAUCAAAUCGUUGACUUGAAAUGGGUUCCUGGAAAUGAUGAAUGGGAUGAAUCUAUCAUCCCAGGCAGCGGAUUCGCAAACCACGCAAUUACGAAUUUCACCAUCACCUCGACGGACGAAUCAGAGAUAGGAUUUCUGGCUGUUUCUGCCACAGAUAAGGUGGUUUAUAUUGACCCGCAAGGGGAGACUAGUGAGUUGGGUCAAUUGGACAAGAAACGGUUUGCGGCUGUCUCGAGCGAGGAAUGUGCGGCGGAGAUUACUAGACUCGGUGUUAAGUUGGUUAAGGCUGCUGCUGGGACGAAGAAUAAAUAGGUUAUUGAUCUGAUGGAGCUAUUUGUCUGGGAGUGUGCAAUGGAAUUGUGGUCUUUAAUGUCUGUCAAAAAAUAUGUGUAGGUAGAUUAGAUUAUGUUCACGCCCUCGCCAAGAUAAAGAGGAAGGAUG